GUCAUCAUGACUAUGCUGUGGUCGGUUCAUGAGAGAAGACAUCACAGACCACACUGGGCAAAAACAGGCCGUUCUUUCGCCAUCAGCUUCCUCUAACUGAGAAUGAGAAUUUGGCAUCGGUGGAGCAUCAAGAGCCUCGAAAAGCUGCUCUGCAAGUUACUAGCUUUUCCUUCUUCCAAAGGACACAUAAUACCAUAACAGUGAAAGUUGUGAGCGGCCAUCCUUCUAAAAAAAUGCGAGCAAAGAGUUCAAAACUGACGCACAUGCACUCAGUUGUUAUUCUUUACUGCUUUUUUGUUGAAUAAUUAGUGUGGAGACUUGGAAGUUUGAAUGUUGAGAACUUGACUUUUUUGCUAUAUGUGAUUUGGUUGAUCUAUAGUGAAAGUAAAACAAUAUCGAUAUUCCUGAAUAACUUUUUUAGAGUCAGCAAGAACCAUCGUCAUCAAUUCAUCAUCAUCUCCUCGCAUCGCGCAAAAAAGAUGACACGACGAGGCUGCGGACGUGAGUCUUGUUGGCUCUACCGAUGCACCACUCUCCGAUUGGGUGCACCGAGGCACUCACAUCAUGGGAACGCUCAUCUGACCAAAUAGAGUAGUGCUUACAACAACUUAGCAAAGAACGACGCGCUGGCAAUAUGAGGCCAACUCGUAGUAAGAUGGAGUACAAGAUGACGUCAUCCACCUUGUCAAUAUCUACUUACUUCGCCUGGAAGAAGAACUACUUACUACUACCAAGACUCUUCUUCUCUCUAGAGCGACCACUUCUAGGAGAACUACAACCUCUCAACCUAGUAGAACAAGAGCGGCUUCCUCUUCCAGAUAGGCUUCUACGACCUUUUUUUAUACGAUAGGGGCUUAGAAGGGCCAGUGACGCUCCUUAAAGCACAGAAGUCAUCCUGACCAUGUCGAUGGUCAAGAAUGUCCAGAAGAGUCAAGAAUGUCUAGGUCUUACACAUCCUCCCUUCUAUUAAAAAAUGCACAUGUAGUACUAUUCAUUGGCGCAAGAACUUGCCGAAUAGAUUCAACCUUAGGCAACUUGCCGAACAAUAGAUUCACAUCGCCACUCAUUCGCGCAACAUCAAUGCGCAGAUGCAGCACAUAAUUCUCCGGAUGAUAAGCAUGGCCAACAUUUUGGCAUCAAGCAAUUUCCACCUCACAGGAAAACGUACUAUAGAUACUUUCAUUGCUGCGUUACGAUGAU